AUGUUCGGCGACGUUAAGAGAUGUCUUCUUCUCUUAGGGGCCGAAGAGGAUAGGGAGCGAGAGGAGUCUCUGAGGAAGCACGAGCAGGAGCAAACCCGUCGGACUACUUUCCGAGAGUUCAUUCAAUACUGUCACACCCUUCGUUUGAUCCCCUUGAGAGCCGGACAUCCCGCUGAGUCAACUACUGGCGAGAUCCCGCAGCCCACUGGCAAAUAUAGCCCACUGCGACUAGAGCUCUGGACAGACUGUGAUGCUAGACAGCAGGAGAUCCACAAUACUGCCUGCCACUACCUCCUACCCCUGGGUCGAGACCCUCCUCGGUUGUUCAGUUCCCGACACGCACUCGAGGAAUAUAACCGGCGUUUCAGCAAUCGGCCUAUCACGAGUGAAAAGGACCUGGAGUAUCACGAGCGAUCCGCCGUUGAAAGUCAGGUUCAAGAUAUCAUCGCUGCGCUAAGCCAGAUACCGGGCGCUCGAGACGAGUUUGGGCUAGGAGACGGGGUGCUGUUCGAUAGUCAUACUAAUGGUCUAGAUGAGAUCAUGCCAGAGGAGCAUCAUGCCGGUUCCUCACCUUACAAUGGAAACUCCCGCCCUGACCAGUAUUGCAUCCACCGUGUUCACGGAAAUACAAAGGCAAUACUGACUACUGUCGAGUAUAAGCCGCCUCAUAAACUGUCCAUGGGAAAUACCGCUCCGCGUUCUAGCAGCAGCCGAGCGUUCAUGGCCACGAUUAGGCGCCGUCGUUCCGCGCGAUGA